UAUAUAGAAAUCGUUUGCUAUAUCACUCAAAACUAAAAGUCAAAAUCAAAACUGAAAAUUGGCCUUACAUGAAAAAUUAAAUGUUAAAAAUUUUGAUUUUAAUGCAAAAUUUCGCUUUUGUGUAUUCGUUAAAAAAUUUCUGUCAAAAUUUUAUAAGAUAAGGCGAUGGCCGAAUUGCUAUCGCGCGAAAAGGAAUUCAUUAAAUUGAAUCAAGAGUUGGACCAGCUGAACGUCACAUCAUUAGAUCAACAACUACAACAACAUCAAAAACAAUUGCAGCAUCAACAUCCCAAUUAUAAUAGUAUCGGGAAUAGUGGCAGUAGCGGUAGUGCUGCCGGUACGAACACUGGAAGCACCAUCUAUAGCGGCACAUCCAAGUCCACGACUAAUAAGACCGAUCAACGAUAUUUCACCUAUACAAAGUCCAAGGGAGCGAGUACUUUGUUGAAGAAGCGUCUCAACAAUGUCAACGCCGGCGGUGGGAUAAAUGCGAAUGGCGCCAAUGGUGAUGGUGCUUCCGAUGUGCUCUCCGAUCUACCCACAGAACGUACCAAUACACAUCGUACGGCACGUAAAUCGACACAGCAAUCAUCCACAUCCAAUACGCCCAUUAUACGACCGGAUGGUGAUAAUGUUUUAACGGCGCACUCGGAGACACCGAAAAGCAAUCGUACGAGCAGUACAUUGCAUAGGAAGCAAGUUAAGAGUCCGGAGAGUAGCACACGGCCUUACGGACGUUCGAGCAAUUGCAGCUCCAGGGUUAAAGAGACGGCUUUCACGGUUAAAUAUCGUAAUCCAAAAUUUGUACAGAGUCCCUCUUUGGAGGUGCUGAUACGUGAUGAGGGCGCCUCAAUGCGUGCGAAGGGCAGUGGAGAAAUUGAUGAUGGCUAUUCUUCGCGGCGUUCGCUGGAGACUGGGAAGAAGCACAUUAGCGCCGAUGGACUCAUUAAAUUUCUCAAAUCCAAAAUAGCCAUACUGGAAGAGGAUCACGAACGCAUUUCACAAGAGAUGACCCAACAAAAGGAAUUGCUCGAAAAGACCUUGGAACGCAACAAGAAGAUCGAACAGCAACGCGAUCAGGCAUUCGCCAAACACAAUGCAGUUGCCGAACAAUUGAGCAAGACCGAGACACAGCUUGAAGAGGUGAAUAGACGUAUAAAAGAGCGUAACCUCGAACAGGGUGGUCAGCAGAAGGAACUCGAGGCAGCCCGCCGUGAGCUUAAAAUGUUGUCUCAAACAAAUACUAAUCUCGAGAAACGUUUGUAUCGCGCCAAUGAAGAGUUGGAGAAUACGAAGAGCGCAUUGGCAUUGCUAAGGAAUGCCGAACGUGAGCUUAAAGAAUCGAUGCGCAUCGAUGGCGAUGCGAAGGACAAACAGAUCAAAAGUUUGAAGAAACAACGUGCCGAUCUACUCAAUGCUUAUAAGAAACAGCUCUUUAUUAUUGACAAUCUCAAGCGACAGAAUAUUUGUAUGGAACAAUCGAAGAUGAUUAGUUUCGGUGAAAAGGAAUUCGCAAAAGUACUCGAGUGGAAUACUAAGUUAUAGGUGGUAUAUGAAUGACAUGCGUGAUCAUUUGUAUCAUUUUGUCAUUCCUAAUUACUAACCAACUUGUAUGUAUAUCCAUGCAUUGACAUUAACCUGCUAAGUCCAACGAAUUGUAGUCCUUCCACAUUUCAUUUGAACAACGGUGUGAACAUUUUAAAGAUAAUUUCAACAUAUGUAUAUGGGUCUGAACCAUUUUUGUGGUAUUUAUGAUUAUGAGUAAGUAAUACUUGUCUUAUUAAUAAAGAUUGCAUUGCAAAAAUGCUAUUCGCUUUAUAAAUAUCGAAAA